UCUAAAAGUUUGAGAGGGAAGAACUGUCAAGUGUUGAACGAUUGCGGCAAAAUCCCAGAAACACUCGUUCGCGACAGUAGGAGAAAAGAGAGAGAGCGAGAGAUGUCAGGAUUCUCAUUCGGAUCAUCCGCAUCUGCUUUUGGAUCCUCUCAGUCCUCGUCGUCCCUUUUUGGAGCGGCUGCGAGUUUCGGAUCUUCAUUAUUUGGGGCAGCUACACCUACUUCAGGAUCGGCUUCAAAUACAUCAAUGGCAAGUUCCGCUCCCUCCUUUGGAGCGUUUUCCUCAGCGGAAACUUUUGCGCCAGCAUUUGGGACUCCUUCAUCGGCGGCAAGCUCAGGCUCAAACUUUUUUGGUACAACUUCAUCGGCGGCAAGCUCAGGCUCAAACUUUUUUGGUACAACUUCAUCCACGGCAAGCUCAGGCUCAAGCUUUUUUGGUACAACUUCAUCCACGGCAAGCUCAGGCUCAAGCUUUUUUGCUACACCUUCAUCCGCGGCAAGCUCAGGCUCAAGCUUAUUUGGUGCACCGUCAUCCGCGGCAUGCUCUGGUUCAACCUUGUUUGGUGCACCUUCGUCCGCAGCAAGCUCUGGUUCAACCUUGUUUGGUACACCUUCGUCCGCAGAAAGCUCUGGUUCAACCUUGUUUGGUACACCUUCGUCCGCAAAACCAGAUGCUCCUGUUGCAGUGCUUGAAGCCGUGACAACCACUGUUGCUUUAACUCCUCCUGCUAGUAGCACAACUUUUACUUCCUCUGCUGCAACUUCAGGGCUUGCAGUGCCUGCAUUUGGUGUGAGUUCUUCUUCUUCUGCUACCACAGAUUCGUCUGUUGCUGCUCCUGCAAGUGCUGCUGCAGCAUCUGGGGCUGUGAGUUCUUCAAUGCGUUUUGGACUUAGCAGUACAUCUGCUUCAUCAACCAGUACUGGAUCUUUCACAGGUUUUCAGCUGUCGACAAAAACAUCUGCCGCUGCCUCGUCCUCUCAAGCACAGUUAACAUCUGCUUCCCCUGUGUUUGAAGUAAAAAGAAGUUACAAAAGGGAUCUUCCACCUGCCCACUUCAUGUUCAAGAUAGAGUCUUUCUCUUUACUCUCCGAGGCAGAGGUUGAAAAAUAUGAAACUGGUGUCUUUGAAGUUGGGGACUACAAAUGGAGCUUGAUAUUCUAUCCAAAUGGUAAAAAGAAUGCCAAUGCAGAUAACCACAUCUCCCUUUAUUUGGCAAUCAAAGAGACCGAAAAGCUUCCUGCUUGCUGGGAGGUUAAUGCCACUUUCAAAUUUUUUGUGUUUGAUCAUAUUCGAGACAAAUACUUGACCAUCGAAGGUUGUAAGGGUUCUAUGAAGCGUUUCAAUGCGAUAAAGACUGAAUGGGGAUUUGCUGAAUUUAUCUCCCUAGAGUCUUUGAAGAAUGCAUCUACUGGAUACCUUGUUGAGGAUUCAUGCAUAUUUGGGGCAGAGGUCUUUGUUGUCAAAAGCAGUUGCAAAUUUGAGUGUCUUUCCAUGAUUAAGCACACUAGUAACAAUCUCAUGACUUGGAAGAUAGAAGAUUUUUCAAAGUUAGACAAGGAAUAUUAUGAGUCCGAAGUGUUUGAUGUUAAAGGAUCAAAAUGGAAGUUGACGCUUUAUCCAAAAGGUCAUCGGAUUGCCAAGGGUAAAUCCCUUUCCCUCUACCUAUGUUUGAAUGAGGCUGUAAGCCUUGCUCCGAGCCAGAAAUUCUUUGCCCAUUACAAGCUGCGAAUAAGGAACCAAAUUCAAGAUUCUGAUCAUGCUGAAAGGAUAGGUAAGCGUUGGUUUGAUCACUCUGCCACCAGCUGGGGUUUUAGGGAAUUUAUAUCCCUGCAGGAUCUCGAAAAACAGGUGAAAGGCAUUAUCAUGAAUGAUUGUUUGAUGGUUGAAGCUGAAAUUCUUUACGAGUCUGAAGUUAAGAGUUUAUCUUGAGAUUUCUAUUUAGACUGUUUGUGUUGACUAAUGCGCUAGAUAUUAUCGAAGAAUAUGACAUAUCUGUAAAGCUGAUGAUUUUCCUUCAUAAGUAUUAGUAAAUUUGGCGCUUGUUUUUAUGGGAAUAGGAUGAUAUGGAAAUUCAUGAAUCUGUUCCAAGCCUUCUGUAAUUGUUCCUAUCCCAUGGUUUUACUAAUUGUUAGUUUGUACCACUAUGAUCAAAUAAUUAUGUGAAAUAAUCCAAGGUGUAAUUUAAGGGUCA